AUGCCGUGCACCCCAUCAGCUGAAAAUCCGUUUCAUCGGCAUCCUAUUCUUGGCUGGCAAAUCAUGGCUGGGUCCAUCUUCUUCUCGGUGGCUCCCUACCACAUCGUCUCCUACGGGACCUUGUUAGGGACAUCAUUCUUCCAAUCAUUUAUCAACGGACCCGUCAUGUUCAAAACGGUUGAGCGACGAGUCUUCUCGGCUGUUCAGGCCAAGCUUUUCCCCAUUUAUUUUGGCAUGCAAACAGCCCUCUCACUUGUCUUGGCACUCACCUUUCCUGGCAAUACAUGGCUUGGGGUGUCCUCCGGCAUAUCCGGGCUGUCGAAUGCGUCCUGUCGCUGGCAUUCGCUCCUACCGAUUACCACCAUGUUUGUCACUGGGCUGCUGAACCUCGUCGUUUUGUAUCCCGCCGCCAGCAAGGUUAUGAAAGCCCGUCGCGGACAAGCCAAACGCGACGGCAAGGAAUAUCAUGAGCCUGGCCCACACUCUGAGGAAAUGCGCUCUCUGAGCAGGAAGUUUGGCGUGCUGCAUGGUAUCUCGUCGCUUCUUAAUCUUGGCACAUUCAUCGCGGCUGUUGCCUAUGGGUUCACGCUCGGGUCUCGCUUACAGUCUGUCGUGGACAGAGUUUGA